UGCCACUACCGAUCUCUCAAAGUGCCUGAAGUUGACACACGAGCAGAAACAACAGAUGACACUGAAUUUGAUUUCAUCAGUAUUGGAGACUUAGUAAAUGAUUAUCCUACGGCAUCUGUUCCAGAGCAUCAAUCAACUCCCAGUGCACCAACAGGUUUCUCCCCGGGGAGAAAGAUAUCCGUAACCAAGCACUUUGACUGUGCCACUACCGAAGAAGAUGAAGAAAAGUCUCAGGACAUGGUGAGCAGCAAGAGGCAAUCCAGUUCAUCUCUGAGUUCAUGGUGCAAAUCAGUGCAGAUGCCCCAGAGUUCCCCUGAAAGUCUGUUUCUGAACCCAAGGGGAAGUGGUUUUAUCUUCAUGCCUGGGAGAAUGAAGGAAGAAAUCCUUGCUGCUCGAUUUCUGAAGGAUGAUGAUUACAUGCAGCUUCUGGCAGGAGUAGAACAUAAUUGGCUGGUCCAGAGACUGAUGCCUACUGGAAUUUUUAAGUCUAAACAGCUUCGUAAAGCGUACUCCGCUCUUCUUUUAAAAUACUCAAAGAAAUCAGGCCUCUGGACAGGCCAAGAAACAGCUGUAUUCAUUGGGGACUAUCUGAACGUGGCAAAGGAAGGCAAACAGAGAAGUGCGUUUUGGAUACACUUCCUGCACCAAGAAGAAAGCCUGGGAAGGUAUGUCGGGAAAGAAUAUAAGGAAGAAAAAGGACUUCUUCACCAUUUCAGUGAUGUGGAACGGCAAAUGACUGCCCAGUACUACGUGACGGAAUUCAACAAAAGGCUCUACGAGCAAAAGGUCCCUACCCAGAUCUUUUAUAUCCCAUCUGCAGUACUCCUGAUACUGGAAGACAGAACUAUAAAAGGAUGCGUGAGCGUGGAGCCGUACAUCCUCGGGGAGUUUGUGAAGCUGUCCAAUAACACCAAGGUAGUAAAGAACGAGUACAAAGCCACAGAGUACGGUCUGGCCUACGGCCAUUUCUCCUAUGAGUUCUCCAAUGGGACAGACGUCGUCGUUGAUCUGCAAGGCUGGGUGACAGGUAACGGGAAAGGCCUCAUCUACCUGACAGACCCCCAGAUUCAUUCUCUUAACAGCAAAGAUGUUUCACACUCCAACUUCGGGAAGAAAGGAAUUUAUUACUUCUUUAAUAAUCAACACGUGGAGUGCAAUGAAAUCUGCCGCUGCCUUUCUUUAACAAGACCCUCAGUAGAGCUGCCAAUGUAG